UUACACCGGCAGCUGCUGUUCCUUUAUUCCAGAGGACGUUUUAUUUACCGGAGUGUAACCCCAUCCUUUCCCCUCCCCGCCCCGGCUGGGAUCGACACGGGGCUUUGCGUGCUGCCCGGUCUGGGGAAAGCAGCGCCGGCUCCACCAUUGGUGCCACAGCAGCUGGGAGGAUACCUGCAGUCAUUGUGGAGGGUUGUUGUGUUGAAUAUCGGAUGCUUGUGGUGAGCUAUGGCGGCUGAUGAUAAAGUUGCCAUCUUAACUGAUGAUGAAGAAGAACAGAAGAGAAAGUAUGUGCUUGCUGAUCCUUUCAAUGGAAUUUCCAAGGAGCAAGAUCUCCAGCCCCAAAAUGAAACCCCUUCAACUGAGACCACCACUGUCCCAGAUGAGGAGCUAGACUGGUUAGAAAGGCACUGUGUCAGAAUAAACAAUGAUCUUCUGAUCUCCAAGGUCUUUUAUUUUUUCUUUUAUUCUGCAUAUGGCUCCCUUUACCCAUUGCUUCCUGUGUAUUAUAAGCAGCUAGGCAUGUCACCUAGUCAGAGUGGACUUCUGGUGGGCAUUAGGUACUUUAUUGAGUUCUGCAGUGCUCCUUUCUGGGGAGUGGUGGCAGAUCGCUUUAAAAAAGGGAAAGUUGUCCUUCUCUUUUCACUUUUAUGUUGGAUUUUAUUUAACCUGGGGAUUGGAUUUGUUAGACCAGCUACCUUAAGAUGUGUACCAAAGGUCCCUCCACCACCACAUCCUUCCAAUGCCAGCCACCUUUUAACAUCGCUGUCGCAAAAUGCCACCAUUUCUUCUCUACUAACUACAGCUAGUGCUACGUUACAGAAGGGUCUUGGGAAACAGGACCUGUUAGCUAACAGUCCCCCAACUUUGGAAUUGUUUCCAUUUUCUGCUCAGACCAGAAAUGGAGACCUUGCCUUGGAUAACAACAGUACAAAUUUUAUUUCAAAGAAUACCACCACAAACCCAGGACUGCCAGGAAAUAUGACCCACCCUACAUCACCACCUGUUGUCACUACGAAGCCAGUAUCUUCUGACCACGUCAUGCUGGUUUAUGAUCAUCAAGAAGUAGAAGCUAUCUUUCUACUCAUUCUCUUGGUUGUCAUUAUAGGAGAGUUUUUCAGUGCCUCAUCUGUUACCAUUGUGGACACCGUGACUCUCCAAUACCUUGGCAAACACAGGGAUCGCUAUGGCUUGCAGCGGAUGUGGGGCUCUCUGGGCUGGGGACUGGCCAUGCUGUCAGUGGGAAUUGGUAUAGACUAUACCCGUAUAGAAGUGAUCAUCGAAGGUCUGGGGUGUAAAGCUCCUGAGUACAAGAACUACAGGAUUGUUUUCAUAGUCUUUGGUGUACUGAUGUCAAUGGCGCUUAUUGUGGCCACCCAGUUCAGAUUCCAUUAUGACCACUACAAAGAAGAUGAAAACAAGAGGAAGGAAGUAGAGAUCCCACAGGUGGAUGGAAAUGCCUCCACUGAAUCCUCUGAUGACACCCCCAGCAGCAUAAGCCAGUCUCAGUCAUUCAGUUUUUGGGACCUGAUAAAGCUCCUUUGCAGUAUACAGUAUGGGUCUGUGCUGUUUGUGGCUUGGUUUAUGGGGUUUGGGUAUGGGUUUGUGUUCACCUUUCUCUACUGGCACUUGGAAGACCUGAAUGGCACUACCACCCUCUUUGGAGUCUGUUCUGUCUUGAGCCACGUGUCUGAGCUGACUGCCUACUUCUUUAGCCACAAGUUGAUUGAACUGAUUGGUCACAUCAGAGUGCUCUAUAUUGGCCUUGCCUGUAAUACAGCUCGCUACAUUUAUAUCUCCUAUUUGGAAAAUGCCUGGACUGUUCUCCCUAUGGAAGUACUUCAAGGUGUAACCCAUGCAGCCAUAUGGGCAGCUUGUAUUUCGUAUCUUAGUGCUGCAGUGCCUCCAGAAUUAAGAACUUCAGCUCAGGGGAUUCUACAAGGUCUCCACUUGGGUCUGGGCAGAGGAUGUGGGGCUAUGAUCGGAGGGGUUUUGGUCAACUAUCUUGGGGCUGCUGCAACAUUCAGGGGGAUAGGAAUGGCCUGUUUAGUGAUCCUACUACUCUUUGCAUUAAUCCAGUGGCUAGCUGUUCCUGAUGAAAAAGAAGAGAAGACAAUGCUGGCAGAAAGGAUCCCAGUGCCUUCCAGCCCUGUUCCCAUAGCAACCAUUGACCUCAUACAUCAACAGUCAGAAGAUAUCAUGCCUCGAACUGAGCCCAGACUUCCUCCCAAGAAAACAAAGCACCAAGAAGAACAAGAAGAUGUGAACAAGCCUGCGUGGGGGAUCAGUUCUUCUCCUUGGGUUACUCUGGCUUAUGCUGUCUAUCAAAUAAAGGAGAUGGUACAGCUGUCUAAAAGCAAUCUGAUGCCUGAAAACCAGCCUUUGCAGAAAGCCAGUGAGAAUCAGAGUACUCCAGCAGCCACUCCAACAGAACAACCCCCAAAUCUGAGAGAGACUGAUGAAUCCAGAGAUUAUUCAAUACCUGCAGCAACACUCAACUCCCAAACUGACCCAGAGCCCCCUAGUGUUGGAUCAGCUUCCCUUUGUCAGUAAUGCUCCAUUUGUUGCUGCAGGGCACUAAGAUGAGUUCGUCUUAUCAAACCCACUGCAUGAAAUCGUGCUGCUCUGCUGGGAAGUGGUGGAACAAGAGCUCAAAAGAGCCCUUCACCUUAUGUGACUAGGAACUACAGGUGCUCAGCACAUCUUGAAAUCAGACCCAUCACAUGAUGCAGCACAAGCUUUUAAAUAUUUAAGACCAUUCAUAUGACAAUAUACAGUAGCAACAUUGCAUGGGGAAGCUAAGGGUCUGGAAGGCUUGGCAGAGGAAAUGGGACUGAAUGUCACUGCCUUAGAAAUUCUCAGUUGCUUUGCUAAAGUUUGGUCAAAUGUUAUGAGAUUCUUUGCAAUCUGUAGAGAAAGGGGAGCUUAUACUGACAGUUGUGUAAUGUGAAGAAAAAACACUAAGUCACUCUAUAUAAUUUCCCCUAUUUGAUCAGUUAGUUUAAAUUUAAUUUUUUCCCACAGAGAAACUAAACUGGAAAAGAAAACACUAUGGUCUUUCUUUUCAGGAGAAAAAUUGCAUUUCCCCGAAAAAGUUAAACAAACAACUAAGAGACACUGGACAAAGUAAAUACAAAAAUAAAGGCACAGCCUAGUCUUUUGCAAUGACUUCUCAAAAACCAUGAAUAGCUUCAGCAAGAAUGUUUGUAUAAUGUGGUGAUGGAUUUAGUGACACUGAGUGGAAUCUUUGAAUAGUAAAGCUGCCAUUAACGCUCUUCUGAGAGGUAGGUUUAGUUUGGCAAGGCAUAAAUUUUUGAAAAGGGCAUUUUAGAAAGAACCAAAUGGAGGUGAGGUUAAAUCAACUCAGUAUGCAUACAGCCCUUCACUAAACAGGGUGUUUGCUAAAUGCAUGUGUGUAUAAUUUUAGGUUUGAUGAUAUGCCCAAGACUGCUAGGGUGACCAGACAUCCCGAUAUUAGCUAUUUGUCCUAGAUUUUUCAUUCCGCUGGCAGCACUCGCUUGCUUUUUUUGCUGCUCUGCUGGCAGCACUUGGCUUUUUUUUUCCCCUCGCUGCUCCGCCGGCAGCACUCAGCUUUUUCUUUUGCUCCGCCGGCGGACACCCCUUGCCCCUCCCCCCCAAUAUGUGUCCUGAUAUUUUCUCCCUCUCAUCUGGUCACCCUAAAGACCACAGACCUCGAUCAAGAUUGGGCAGUUUGAGAUUGAUUGAGAGUGUCCACUGAAAACCUCUUUUUAUUUUUAAUUUCAUCAUAUUAAAUAUUGUUGAACUAAGUGUUCCUACUGUGGUUAUGUAUAGAAGAUAAGAGCUUCAAGUGCCUGGGGAGGGAAUUGCCUAUAAAUCAUAAUGAUUGGGGGUAGGGAGGGGGAGAUACUGUUAACAGGAGUUUCAAUGAGCAAAAGCCUCCAAAAUAAACAAAUAUGACUAAACAACCGUAUGUUUAGAGACUUGUUUUACACAGACAGUGUCAGACACUGGAAGAUUGAGAGUUAUGUCUAGUCAUGCUUUUCAAUGUUAACUGUAGCCAGCCCACUGGCUGGUUCAUAACACAGAUUGUUGCUGAGAGGAAAACUUGGGUUCAAGGUUGAAAUCAAUGGGCUGGCAUGGGGUGUAAGUUAGGACAGUGUUUGGCCCAGUGUCUCACAUCCGUGAAUUGAUCCUGAGAGGGGCUGAGCCCAUGUAGCUUCCAUUGAAGUGACUAAGAACUGCAGGUGCUCAGCCUGUCCUGGAAUCAGACAUGUUCAACAGGCUUCCUUGCUGCCUUACUUGACGGCAGUGCACAGUCUGUGGGUGUGAGGGAGGAAGAGAAAGAUGGUGGUUUAGAAUGAAGCAGUGGGUGGAAAUUCCAGACCCUUUGAUCCCCAGUUGAAUGAACUAAAGCCUCCCCUGCUAUCCUUACACAUGCCUUAUCAAGGCCUAUGGGGCUGAGGUAGAGCGCACACACUGGUGCCUGGGACCAGCGCCAUAAAGAGAGUACAAAUAAAUGUUAAUAACUAGCCACUAGUUAUGUUUUGCACUUGAACUUAAAUGUACUGUACUGUAAAUUCUCAUGACUCGUUGAAGUGUCCUUUAAAAUCAGAAAUGUAUUUAUUGUAUGUUUGUAUAACGUUUUGGGAAUGGAGAAUUGAAUGGGUGACAGGCUAAAGGUGUUAAAUCGUCUCAGUGAAGCGAAAACAUUUAUACAGAGUUAAUGCAAUAUGCUAUUACGUCAACUUCUACUGAACAGCACCUAUACUGAGGUGGAGAUCUUACAUAUUGUGUUUACACUUCCAAAUUGUUUUUUGAAAUGCCUGCUCUUUUGGAACUGUACAUUCAUUCCCUGUUGCAAAAUGAACAUGUACACAUGGAUUUUGAUAUUUGUGAAAAUUGUAAAAGUGCAGUAAGAAAAAUAUAAAAUAUCUAUAAUGUGUUUAAAAGAACCUGUUUGAA